AUGUCGUGGCUCAAUAAUGUGCGGGAGAAGUUUGAAAAGAACUUCACCAACACGCCCGCGUAUAGAGAUUGGACAAUGAUAGCCGGAAUUGAUAUUGACGGACAACUUAGAGGCAAAGUCGUGAAAACGGAAAAGCUAGUGCGCGCAAAGGGCGCCGUUGGGUUCUGUUCCGUGGUGUUUGGGUGGGAUCUCAACGACGACAAGUACACGCCAGAGCUAGGCAUUUCCAAUAGCUCUAAUGGCUAUAGAGAUAUUGAAGCGGUGAUUGAUGCCAAUUCUUUCAGAAACUUCCCCUUUCAACCGGGCAAACAAACCUCAUUGGCUUUGGUCUACUUUGCCAACACUGAUGGAACGCCACUUGCGCAGGAUCCUCGUGGGUUAUUGAAAUCAGUGGUCACACGGUUCGAUGGCCAGCAUCCAAAAGCUGGUAUGGAGCUGGAAUUCUUCAAUUACAACGAGUCGGGUCCUUCAGUGCUAAAAAAAGGCGGCCGAGAUCUUGUGCCGCUUACAGUGGGCAUGCAUGGAUAUUCGGUUUAUCGACCAAUGAUGGGCAAUGAGUACUGGAAUAAAAUUCUAGACUACUCUAACGAGUUUGGUAUUGAUAUCGAGUGUCUGCAUUCAGAAACCGGUCCAGGUGUCUACGAAGUGGCUCUGGAGUAUGCAGACGCCUGUCUGCUCGCAGAUCGGGCGACCUUGUUCAAACUGGCAUGUCGCAAAGCAGGCACUGAAGUGGGCAAUGUAAUCCCUUGUUUUAUGGCUAAGCCCCAAAGUGAUUUGCCAGGCAAUUCGGGGCAUAUCCAUGUUUCUCUAGCGGACGAGUUCAAUUCUAACAUUUUCUCUUCGGAAGGCGAGGCGGACCCGCCCUUCCCAGAAGUCAAAUACCUAAGUCAGGCAGGCCAGCACUUUUUGGCUGGGCUUUUGGAUGGUCUCGAGGACGUGAUGAUCCUAUUUGCGCCUAACAUCAAUUCCUACAAACGGCUAGAUCCGAAUUUUUGGGCACCUACCACCAUAUCUUGGGGUGCUGAGCACCGACUGACCAGUAUCCGGUUGAUUGAUGCAAAGCCCAAUGCUAAGGGCUGCCGAUUCGAAGUUCGCAUUCCUGGUGCAGACGUGGUCCCCCACUUGGCCCUGGCUGCUAUUCUUGCUUUGGGUCACCGUGGUAUGGCAGCUGAAAUGCCUCUCAAAACUGCACCAACACGCUCCGAGCAAGAUUUCCUCAAUAGCCCAAAACUGCCAUGCACUAUGCAAGAGGCAAUUGGCAAGUUCAGUGCCAAAACUAGCGUCGCUAGAGAGCUUUUUGGCGACGACUUUGUCGACCAUUAUACUGGCACUCGACUUCAUGAGCUUGAAAAGUACAAUCGUGCCGUUACCGAUUGGGAAAAGGUUAGAUACUUUGAGACCACUUGA